AUGCGACCACGACCACGACAACGGCCACGCCCACGGGCCCAUGCCAAUGGGCGUUUAGCUGCUUGCGCUCUCAUUAUCAACGCCAUAUCCGCUGUGCUGCUAAUGAUGACUGUGUCGCCCACUCUGGCAGAGAUACCUUCAAAGGGAAAACACUCUCGCGUAGAAACACAGCAAACGGCACAGGAAGAUGCCGACAUGCCACGCUUUGCUGAACCCAUUGCCAAUGUCACUGUGUCCAUUGGACGGGACGCUCUGCUCGCCUGCGUCGUAGAGAAUCUGAAGGGUUACAAGGUGGCCUGGGUGCGUGUGGAUACCCAGACAAUACUCUCCAUACAUCACAAUGUCAUAUCGCAGAAUAACCGUAUUAGCUUAACUUACAAUGAUCAUCGAUCGUGGUAUUUGCAUAUCAAAGAGGUGGAGGAAACGGAUCGUGGCUGGUAUAUGUGCCAGGUCAAUACGGAUCCCAUGCGUUCAAGGAAAGGAUACCUUCAGGUGGUCGUGCCUCCCAUGAUUGUUGAGGGCAUGACCAGCAACGAUAUGGUUGUGCGAGAGGGUCAAAAUGUCUCAUUGAUGUGCAAGGCGCGUGGUUAUCCAGAACCCUACGUUAUGUGGCGUCGUGAGGAUGGAGAGGAAAUGUUAAUAGGCGGGGAGCAUGUCAAUGUCGUUGACGGCGAACUGCUGCACAUCACCAAAGUAAGUCGACUCCAUAUGGCGGCAUAUCUGUGUGUGGCAUCCAAUGGAGUACCGCCAUCGAUUAGCAAACGGGUGCACCUUCGUGUUCAAUUUCCUCCCAUGCUCUCCAUACCAAAUCAAUUGGAAGGUGCGUAUUUGGGACAGGAUGUGAUGCUCGAGUGCCAUACAGAGGCCUAUCCAGCCUCGAUUAACUAUUGGACCACUGAACGUGGCGAUAUGAUCAUUUCAGACACUUCCCGAGCUGGCGAUAAAUACGAGACCACAUCAACCGUCAGUGGCUAUACGAAAUAUAUGAAGUUAAAAAUUCGCGCCGUUGGACCAAAUGAUUUUGGCACCUAUCGCUGUGUGGCAAAAAAUUCACUGGGCGAAACGGAUGGCAACAUUAAGCUCGACGAAAUGCCCACACCAACGACUGCAAUUAUAUCAGAAAUGGCCAUGCUAAAUCGCAGUUAUGAUGGCAAGAGACGUCAUAGAAAUAAAUUUGAGUCGGCUAACGCUUUGCCUGAUUACGGGGUUGAGGAGUGGCGUGACGGUGCUCAAGGCAACCAUCAUGCUGGCAACAGUGGCGAUAACAAUCAAACGCCCGUACGUAAUCCGCCCGGAGCAUUUCACAAUUCUGCAGGCUCACUGGCACAGCAUAAUCUACUUGGUAAAAUAAUGCGCGGCAUUAAAACGCAAUCAUUUGGGAUUUUCAAACGUUUAUCGAGUUAUUUGCCAGCGGCGCUGCUAACGUCGCUGCCACAGUUGCCAUCGCUGCCACAACUGCCAACAUUGCCAAUUCGGUGGCGUAUGAGUAAUAUGAAAAACCAGGCCCAGCCACAGUAUACACCGGAGACUGUUGUCAUCGCGCAGCCAACAAACAUAACCAACAGCAUCUGCCAAAGGACAGCCGACUCCUGUAACACCAACAACAGCAGUAAUAAAUGGUCUUGGCAACAAGAGCUACGCAUAUUUCACAUUGCUCAUACGCCGCGUGUGGCAGCACAACAGUAUCAAGAACAACAACAAGAGCGUGGAAAACAGAAUCAAACAUAG